AAAACAACUCGUCCAACUGAAGUGGUCAGUGAAUUUUGUACAGAUUAUGGUCUUACAAUUUCAUGUGAUCGUGCUUGGUUGGGUGUUAAGAAAGGAAUGAUGUUUGGUGAUCGUACAAUGUCAUACCAACAGAUAAAUUGGUAUGUUGAUACUGCAGUUCGUAACAAUCCUGGCAGCCACAUUAUAUUAGAUUGUGAUGAAGAGACUAAAUGAUUCCAAAGAUUAUUUGUGUCAUUUCACUACAAGAAAUAUCAAAAAGGGUGGCAGUUAAUUACCGGUGUGUAGGCAAAACGCCGUUCAAUGCCAGCGUUUAUGUAUAAACGCCACAAAAUUUCUGAUAAAAAUUAAUGGAAAUCUGUUUUUAUUUCACUUGGCAAAUUUUUUUUUUUGGACAGCACUUCCUAGACUUGACCUAACUAUUUUUCUCCAAAAUUCUCUUCGUCACCGUGUCCUCCUCGCUUCUCUGUCUCUAUCUCUCUCCACUCCACUUCUUGAGUUCGACUAAGGAGAGUGUGUUGCUGAUGAUUGGUGAUUUGUGAAUUCUAGACUUGUAAUUCUCUAAUAUGUCUAUAAUUUGGGACGAUUUUCACUUGGAAAAGUAUGAGAAAAUCGGUUCAAGUAUGAGAAAUGGAGGAUCAGGCUAUUCUCAAAAUCUCCUAUCGCUGCACUGCAUUCGAUUGUGAAUUUUGGAUCUGUGAAAGUGAAAAAAGAAGAUGCACAUCAAAUCUAGUGGAGAAAGGGGAAUCGAUUAGUCAUGGUGUGUUUGGUAGGGUUUAUAUGGGAAUGAAUCUUGAUUCCGGAGGCUACUUUCCUGGUCGUUUUUUAGGUGUUGAUAGUGUUGAAGUGGACUUGAGCAUUCAAGUAGUUAAGGUUCUUGGUUCUUCGCCUGUAAAGAGUAUGUCUGAAGCUUUGGAGUAGACCGGUCAAAAAACCCGAUUGAUUGGCCAAAGGGGUCCCUGUUGUCACUAGUUACCCUCCCCCUACCCUUUCUCUUAACCCCUAUCCCCCUGCAUCCCCAUUGAAAUCAAUUUUUCGUAUAGCUUUUCCAUCUUUUUGUAUUUUAACUCCUGUUAAGGUCUUAUGAUUAGGAAAUUAGUUCAAUUUGCAUAUUUUUAUUUGGAAAGUUUCAGGCUAUGAUAGCAGUUACUAUUCCUGCCUUCUUUGGUUUGAUGAUGAGUUGACACU